UCUCGGAACAACAAGUCGCGUUAGAGGUUUCCUCGUAGAAUGUGGGCAACAUUUCUCAAGAUGAACCUGUCUGUGAAAUGUUCUGUGCUUCGGCUCAUGAUGCUCUUUAGUGCCAUUGUGGACGUGCAAAUGCAAUCGUUUUUCGAUGUUCCUCCACCGGAAUACAUUGGGCGUACUUCUAUGAAGGACUGUGCAAAGCGGUUUUACGGUGAAGCUUUUGUUGCUGGUCCAAUGGAUGGAAGUUUUGGUGCUGGUGCAAUUGAUUAUGAUGCCGAUGAGAGUGGUGGAGUAUUUGCUAAUGGUGAAAGCUUUGGUACUGGCACUGGUGCAAUUGAUGGAGGUUUUGGUGCUGGUGCAAUUUACGGAGGCUUUGGCGCUGGUGCAACUAGUGGAGGCUUUGGUGCUGGUGCAACCAGUGGAGGAUUUGGUGCUGGUGCCUAUGGUGGAGGCUUUGGUGCUGGAGCCACUGGUGGGGAUUUUGGUGCUGGUGCAAUUGAUGGAGGCUUUGGUGCUGGAGCCAGUGAUGGUGGCUUUGGUGCUGGUGGAAUUGAUGGAGGUUUUGGUGCUGGAGCCACUGGUGGAGGUUUUAGUGAUGGUCCAAUUGGUGGAGGCUUUGGUGCUGGAGCCAGUGAUGGUGGCGUUGGUGCUGGUGCAAAUAGUGGAGGAUUUGGUGCUGGUGCCUAUGGCGGUGGCAUUGGUGCUGGAGCCACUAGUGGAGGCUUUGGUGCUGGUGAAAUUGAUGGAGGCUUUGGUGCUGGAGCCACUGAUGAAGGCUUUGGUGCUGGUGCAUUUGAUGGAGGAUUUGGUGCUGGUGCAAAAAGUGGAGGAUAUGGUGCUGGAGCCACUGCUGGAGGUUUUGGUGCUGGUGCAAUUGGUGGAGGCUUUGGUGUUGGAGCCACUGGUGGAGGCUUUGGUGCUGGUGCAAUUGGUGAAGGCUUUGGUGCAGGAGCCACUGGUGGAGGCUUCGGUGCUGGUGCAAUUGAUGGAGGAUUUGGUGCUGGUGCAAAUAGUGGAGGAUAUGUUGCUGGAGUCACUGCUGGAGGUUUUGGUGCUGGUGCAACUGCUGGAGGUUUUGUUGCCGAAGCUGCUGAUGGAGGCUUUGGUGCUGGUGCAAUUGGUGGAGGUUUUGGUGCUGGUGCAAAUAGUGGAGGAUAUGGUGCUGGAGACACUACUGGUGGUUUUGGUGCUGGUGCAAUUGGUGGAAGCUUUGGUGCUGGAGCCACUGGUGGAGGCUUUGGUGCUGGUGCAAUUGGUGGAGGCUUUGGUGCUGGAGCCACUGGUGGAGGUUUUGGUGCUGGAGCCACUAAUGGAGGAUUUGGUGCUGGAGCCACUGAUGAAGGUUUUGGUGCUGGUGCAAUUGGUGGAGGUUUUGGUGCUGGUGCAAAUGGUGAAGGCUUCGAUGGUGAAGAUUUUGAUCCUGUUGAUUAUAUUAGAAGUUUUGGUGAUGGUGCAAAUUUUACUAUUGAUCCAUUCAUUGGACCACUAUGGAAUCAUUUAUUUGGUGGAGCUUUUCGUGGCGAAUUGCAACAUAUGGCAUUGGUCGGUUGGACGCGUGUCAGCGGUAACAUUGAUUACCUCUGUGGUGGUAGCUUGAUCGGCGAACAGUUCAUACUGACUGCGGCACAUUGUAAACAGGAUGAAAGUGGCCUCCGUCCGGAUACGGUGCGGUUAGGUACCCAUGAUGCCAGAUAUGCACAGCAAAUUGCGAUUCGUGAUAUAAUAGUACAUCCGAGCUAUGACGAUUCUACCAAGUACUUCGAUGUGGCGUUGAUUAUGCUAGGACAAAAUGCAUGGAUUUCGCCAGCAGUAUGUCCGGCAUGUUUAUGGCAAGAGGGCGAGUCACCUUCUGGUCCCAUGGAAGCGAUUGCAUUUGGAUUAACCAAUCUAAUCGACGAUCCGAGUCCAACUCUUCAACGUGUUGUGCUGAGCUACAGAUUGAAAGAAGAAUGUGAAAAAGUACUAACUACCAAUAAAACUAGGAUCCCCCAGGGUGUUCGGGCGGAUCAAUUCUGUGUAGCUGGCAAGGAUAUGGCCACCUGCGCGAGUGACUCCGGUAGUCCGGUUGUUGUAAAUCGGGUGGACAUAAGUGGUGCCAUGAUAUCGCUGAUUACCGGUGUGGUUUCGUUCGGAACAGCCUGUGUUCCCGGUUUGGUCGGAGUAUAUACUAAAGUAAGCGAGUACGUGGAAUGGAUCGAGCAAAUGACACAAACAUCAAUGAGUUACAGAGCUUGUACCAAGGAAAUAAAGUGUUUUAGAAAGCCUGGCGAGCCUAGUAACAUGAACAUAAACCUGUUCAAAACCAACAGUCGAUUUGGUCUUCUGUGGGACGAGCUCGAAAGCUCCCCGAACGAGUGCGGAGCGACACUGAUCGACUAUCAGUAUCUUCUUACUACGGCUUCAUGUGUAACGACAAACAAGGGUCACCCGAAGUUUAUCAUUUCCACGCGUGGCGAACGUGUAGCGAUUUCAAAUGUUUACGUGUCGCAUAAUUAUAGUUCACUAACAAAUGACAUAGCACUACUGAAAAUUGACAAGUACGCUAAUCACAAUGUAUAUCCGCCCGUUUGUUUAUGGGACCAUCGAAGCGAUGGGAAGUAUCAAUCUUCUCCAGAAUUUAGUGCAUACGGACUCGAGGAACCUAUUGGCGAGUCUAGUGAGUCAUUCUUCGUUAGUGCUCGCACUGGUCCGGGAUGUGAGGAGGAGCUGGUAUCGGGAACAGAUUUGCAGUGCUUUCACAACAAGGUACCGCUAAUGCCGGGAGUAUGUUGGAUGGAUCACGGUGGACCUGUUAUUGGCAGAACAUAUUCGUCUAAAACAAUACAUAUGUAUGGCGUUGUCUCCCCGUUAAGUAGAAGCUGUGGAUCAAAUCUGUUUAUGGUCGAUGUAACACCACACAUUCCAUGGAUAGAAUCAAUAAUCUUCGGUAAAUGAGAUCCGUAUCGAGUGUGGAACGAAUUGUAAAUGUGUUCACUUACGAAUGUCGGGCCAACUGGAGGUUCAACUUAUUCUAU